CCUGUGGCCUGGCCGCGCCGAGGGCCAUCCUGGAGCAGAGCGGCCCCGCGUGCUGCCGACCCGAGGGACCAUGGGUGCCAUGUUCCGGGGCGAGGAGGUGGUGCUGACUCAGCUCUUUCUGCCCACUGCUGCGGCCUACACCUGCGUGAGCCAGCUUGGUGAGCUGGGCCUCGUGGAGUUCAGAGAUCUCAAUGCAUCCGUGAGUGCCUUCCAGCGACGCUUCGUGGUGGACGUCCGGCGCUGCGAGGAGCUGGAGAGGACGUUCACGUUCCUACAGGAGGAGGUACGGCGGGCAGGUCUGGUGCUGCCUGUGCCCGAGGGGAGGCUGCCAGCGCCCCCGCCCCGAGACCUGCUUCGAGUCCAAGAGGAGACUGAGCGCCUGGGGCAGGAGCUGCGGGACGUGCGGGGCAACCAGCAGGCCCUUCGGGCCCAGCUGCACCAGCUGCAGCUCCAUGCAGCUGUGCUGAGCCAGGGCCACGGCCUCCCGGCCGAGGCCUCCCAGCCUGAGGGACUCUCAGAAAGGGUCCCCCUGCUUCACUCCUCCGGAGGGCCACAUCAGAACCUGAGGGUCAACUUUGUGGCUGGAGCCGUGGAGCCUCACAAGGCUGCCGCCCUGGAGCGCCUGCUGUGGAGGGCCUGCCGAGGCUUCCUCAUCGCUAGCUUCCUGGAGGUGGAGCAGCCGCUGGAGGACCCGGUGACGGGGGAGCCGGCCACCUGGAUGACCUUCCUCAUCUCCUACUGGGGCGAGCAGAUCGGGCAGAAGAUCCGCAAGAUCACCGACUGCUUCCACUGCCACGUCUUCCCGUUUGAGGAGCAAGAGACCGCCCGCCGCGGGGUCCUGCAGCAACUGCACCAGCAGAGCGCGGAGCUGCGGGAGGUCCUGGGCGAGACCGAGCGGUUCCUGGGCCAGGUGCUGGGCCGGGUACAGCGGCUGCUGCCGCCCUGGCAGGUGCAAAUCCGCAAGAUGAAGGCCGUGUACCUGGUUCUGAACCAGUGCAGCGUGAGCGCCACCCACAAGUGCCUCAUCGCCGAGGCCUGGUGCCCGACGCGCGACCUGCCCACCCUGCAGCGAGCCCUGCAGGACAGCUCGAACGAAGUGGGCGUGAGUGCCGUGGCGCACAGCAUCCCCUGCCGCGACAUGCCCCCCACGCUCAUCCGCACCAACCGCUUCACCGCCAGCUUCCAGGGCAUCGUGGACGCCUACGGCGUGGGCAGCUACCGGGAGGUCAACCCUGCGCCCUACACCAUCAUCACCUUCCCCUUCCUCUUCGCCGUGAUGUUCGGCGACGUGGGCCACGGGCUGCUCAUGUUCCUCUUCGCGCUAGCCAUGGUGCUGGCCGAGGACCGGCCUGCGGUCAAGGCUGCGCAAAACGAGAUCUGGCAGACCUUCUUCGGGGGUCGCUACCUGCUCCUGCUCAUGGGCCUCUUCUCCGUCUACACCGGCUUCAUCUACAACGAGUGCUUCAGCCGUGCCACCACCAUCUUCCCCUCUGGCUGGAGCGUGGCCUCCAUGGUCAACCAAUCAGGUUGGAGUGAUGCCUACCUGGCCCAGCACCCACUGCUCACACUGGACCCGAACGUCACCGGUGUCUUCCGUGGACCCUACCCCUUUGGCAUCGACCCCAUCUGGAGCCUGGCCGACAACCACCUGAGCUUCCUGAACUCCUUCAAGAUGAAGAUGUCCGUGGUGCUGGGGGUCACCCACAUGGCCUUCGGGGUGGUCCUGGGGGUCUUCAACCACGUGCACUUUGGCCAGUACCACCGGCUGCUGCUGGAAUUCCUGCCCCAGCUGGUCUUCCUGCUCGGGCUCUUUGGCUACCUCGUCUUCAUGGUCACCUACAAGUGGCUGUGUGUCACCGUCGCCAAAGCCGCCUCAGCCCCCAGCAUCCUCAUCCACUUCAUCAACAUGUUCCUCUUCUCCCGCAGCCCUACCAACCAGCAGCUGUACCGUGGGCAGGAGGCGGUCCAGUCCACGCUGGUGGUCCUGGCCUUGGUCAUGGUGCCUGUCCUGCUGCUGGGAACGCCUUUGUACCUGCACUGGCAGCACCGCCGUCGCCGCCGCCACCACCCGCCCAGGCAGCCUUCGGGCACCCAGCAGGACCAGGACAAGGCCGGGCUCCUGGAAUCCGAUGGCUCCAUGUCCGUGAACGGCUUGGGCUCUGAUGAGGAAAAGGCAGGGUUCCCCGGGGCCGAGGAGCACACUGAGUUCAUCUUCUCGGAAGUCUUCAUGCACCAGGCCAUCCACACCAUCGAGUUCUGCCUGGGCUGCAUCUCCAACACGGCCUCCUACCUGCGCCUCUGGGCCCUCAGCCUGGCACAUGCCCAGCUGUCGGAAGUGCUGUGGGCCAUGGUGAUGCGCGUGGGCCUGCGUGAGGGGCGGGAGCUGGGAGUGGCGGCGGCCGUGCUGGUGCCCGUGUUCGCAGCCUUCGCAGUGCUGACCCUGGCCAUCCUGCUGGUUAUGGAGGGGCUCUCGGCCUUCCUGCACGCCCUGCGGCUGCACUGGGUGGAGUUCCAGAACAAGUUCUACUUGGGCACUGGCUACAAGCUGAACCCUUUCACCUUUGCCCCAGAAGAGGAAUAGCCCCCACACCUCUCUCUCUCUCUCACACACACACACACGCCCCGCCCUUAUCCCCCGAUGGAGGAAAUAAAGGAGUGAAGAGUGAGGUCCA